CUCUGAAAGUUCAGAUUUCCCUGCACUCCGGAACAGACCGUUCUACCUGGAGUUUCAUUGUCAGACAUGAAACUCUGCUCCUGGCCAGCGGCCCCUUAUGGUUUGGCCAUUCUGGCAUUCCUGUGUAAUUGUGCCACAGCUGUGGAGAGACGCUAUUACAUUGCAGCUGUUAAUAUUAACUGGGACUACACAUCUGCCGGACAGCAAAGAACUGGACCGUCAUAUAAAAAGGUCGUAUACAGGGAAUACAAUGAGGGAUUCACACAGGCGAAAACACAUCCCUUGUCCUCAGGGUUACUUGGGCCGACACUGCGAGGACAAGAGGGUGACACAAUCAUUGUCACGUUCAAGAACAUGGCAGAUCAUCCCUGCAGCAUCCACCCACAUGGCAUUGCUUACGGGAAGCAGUCAGAGGGAUCUUUAUACUUUGACAACACGUCACUCUAUGAGAAAGAAGAUGACAUAAUUUUACCCGGCCAAGAGCACACAUACCAAUGGGAGGUGACGUCUGAGGUGACCCCUAUGGCUGCAGACCCCCCAUGCAUCACCUACACAUACCUUUCCCACUUUGACAUAGUCAAGGACUACAAUACAGGGUUAAUAGGCACAAUGCUGAUCUGCAAGAAAGGCACCCUAGACGGCUCCGGAAAUCAGAUUCAUUUCCAUCAGGAGGCUGUGCUGUUGUUUGGAGUGUUUGAUGAGAACAAGAGCUGGUACAGCACCGGGGGCCCUGAACAGGCACACAAUGUGAAAAACACUAUAAAUGGCUACACAAAUGGCUCGAUACCAGAUCUGGACAUCUGUGUCCACUCCAAAGUCAGCUGGCACCUGCUGGGCAUGAGCUCUGAGCCAGAGCUCUUCUCUGUACACUUCAAUGGGCAAGUCCUGCUGCACGAUGGCCACAAAACCUCAUCUGUUGGCAUCAUUAGUGGAACUGCCACCAGUGCCAGUAUGAAUGGUAUCCACCCCGGCCGCUGGCUUAUUUCCUCUCACAUUAGCAGGCACUUGGAAGCUGGUUUGCAUGGAUACCUAAAUAUCAAGACGUGUGAUGAGUACACAGAACCAAAAAGACGACUUACCAUCCAACAGAAACAAGAAAGCCAAGAGUGGACCUACUACAUAGCAGCAGAAGAGAUGAUCUGGGAUUAUGCUCCAAAUAUGCCAGAAAACAUGGAUGGGGAUUUCCGAUCAAAAUAUUUAAAGCAGGGGCCUCAGCGAAUAGGUAAAAAAUACAAAAAAGCAGUAUUUACUCAGUAUAAAGAUGGCACAUUUAAAGAGAGAGCAGAAGACAAGCAGAGAAAGAAAGAGCUUGGGAUUCUUGGGCCAGUGAUAAGAGCUCAAAUCAGAGAUGUCAUAAAGAUUGUCUUUAAAAACAAAGCAUCACGUCCGUACAGUAUCUAUCCUCAUGGACUGACCAUUGAUAAAGCAGCAGAAGGAGCCAGUUAUCCUGCAGAAGGGAACCAGACACACGGGAUUCAACCAGGUGAGAUUUACACAUAUACAUGGAGUGUGUCUGAGGAAGAUACACCAACGGACAGUGACCCCAGAUGUCUGACCAGGAUGUACCACAGUGCAGUGGACACUCCUCGAGACAUUGCUUCUGGUCUUGUGGGUCCUCUUCUCAUCUGUAAGAGCCAGUCCCUCAACAAAAAGAAUGUCCAGCUGAAAGCAGACAAAGAACAGCAUGCCAUGUUUACUGUUUUUGAUGAGAACAAGAGCUGGUACCAUGAUGAGAACAUUAACACAUACUGCAGUGACCCCAAAAGAGUUAAAAGAGAUGAUCCAGAGUUUUACAAAUCCAACGUUAUGCACACAAUCAAUGGCUAUGUAUAUGAAAGUGGCCAAGAAUUGGGAUUUUGUAAUGGUGAAAUCGUGACUUGGCAUGUGUCAAAUGUUGGCGAACAAGAUUACAUCCAGACUGCCACUUUUUAUGGCCAUACAUUUGAGCUAAAAAACAGAGAAGAGGAUAUGCUCAGUCUAUUUCCCAUGACUGGUGAAACUAUCACUAUGAACAUGCUUAAUAUAGGUAUUUGGCUUUUAGCAUCACUGAACUCUCACGAUUCCACUAAAGGGAUGAGGGUGAAAUUCAAGGACCUUGAAUGCUUCAGAGAUUACGUUAUGGAAUAUGAUUAUGAACCAGAAAAAUUCACUGUAUGGAAACCUGUGUCCAUCAGUGAUAUUAAAAAAGAGGAACCAAAACAAAUAAACCCUAUCAUGGUUGACGAGGACACCGAAAUCUAUGCAGAAGAAUUUGGCUUGAGGACGUUCAAAAACUUUAAAGAUGACGUUGAGCUAAUUGACUUUUCGAUACUAGACAUUGACGAUGGUUUAUUGCCGACUAUUGAGACAAAAAGCCCAGCCUCAAGUGACGAGUUGGACAAAUCACACAAUACUACAUUUGGAUCUUUCAAUCAGAGUCAUGGUUUAUCAGCUGACGAGGCUGGUUUGGACAAGAGACAAUCUUCAAAUAAAGUCUUGAAUGAAAGCACAGAAGAGGCAUUGCUAGGCAUGGCAAGCAUUUUUGAUUCCAAACCAGAAAUCAUGUCAAACAAUGACACGGACAGUAUUAUCUCACAUUUUCCAGUUGUAGAAAGAAAGGUCCGCAAUGUACCAACAAAGCCAGUGAAUGAAAUGGAAAGUGUCUCUACAAAUGUUACUCUGGAUAUUGAAAUAAAUACCAACAUAGUAGAAAACGUCAGUUCAUCAUUAGAGACAGAAAGUAUCUCCGCUUACACUACUCAUGUAGAAAACGUCAGUUCAUCAUUAGAGGCAGACAGUGUCUCUGUGAAUACUACUAAUUCUCCAAUCAUUGAAACCAACAUCACCCACACAAUGAAUGAAAUACACAUUUCCCCCACUAAUACCAGUAUCACUUCAUCUGAUGCUCCAGUUGGUGACAGAAACAUUACCAUGGAAGGUGACAGUCCAUCUCUAAAUUCUUCUGAAUCAAACCUCUUGCUUUCAAACCAAACCUUAGAAAACAAAACAGUAAUUCAAGAAGAGGCAAACACUAAAAAUAACACUGACUUGGAUGGUGACCGUGAUAGUUCGGGUCACGUCUUCAUAUACCAUGUGCCUAGUCCUGAUUCUCUCUCCAACAGGUCAGAGACACAAACUGAGGAGGAUUUUGUGCUUCUGGAUGGUGGUCAUCCCUCGGAAGUUUCAACAGAUUAUAAGACUGUAGUAGAAUAUAAUGUCUCACCAACGGACACACCAGAGGAGAUUGGUGAAUUAACUGAAAACACAACAAUGAUUCAAGAACUCAACAGCACAAAGGUGAAUUACACCGGUGAGAUGUUUUCGCAGGUAAAUUCUGAAACUGAGAGCAUUUUUAAUCUCAGUUUGUCUUCGCCUUUGAGAAACAGCACUUUGCAAAACAAUGAGUCUGAAUCUUCAAAUGCAACUUUGUCUGAUUUCAGUCUCGACCUUGAAUCUGAAAUAACAGAGAACAGAACAUCACCCACUAAUGUUACAAUGAAAUCUCACAGUGAAAUUUUAAGAAAUGCAUCAGAGCUCUUUUCUUCAGACAGUAUGGAGAACGUGUCCUUUUCUCUUGGCCCUUUCAAUGUUUCAUCCAUGAAAAACGGCUCGGAAAGCGAAAGUGAAGAGGAAGUAGUCAUCUAUCUGAAGAACAAUCACAGCGAGGCCAUACUCACAUCUCAUCUCGAUCCAAAAGAAGAGCACUGGGGUUAUGAAGGCAACCAUGAACUGGUUCAUAUGGAAAUCCCAGAUCACAUGAACAAAUACAUCUCAGACAAGUCUGCAGCAAAUUCAAACAAACCAAAGACUGAAAAGAAAAAAAAAGUAGUUCACCAGAGGGUAAAGCCGAGAAAGGGAUAUGGCAUGAAGACGAAGAAAAGGAAAGAGUAUAAGCCACAGCCACGUUCUGAUGUUUCUCCAAAGGGUUUUUCUCCAAGAGGUUUUGGACCUUCUUGGUUGACCCCAAGGGGAAGCAGGCCUAUCUCUAGCGAGGACGACCUGAUGGGGAAAUCCAUCGUCAUAGGAGUGCCAAGACGCGAUUUCAAUGAUUAUGAGUUAUAUGUUCCAAAAAAUGAGCAGAGUGAAGAUUUUGAUGGUAUAGUUGAUCACCCAGAAGAAUAUGAAUAUGUAGAGUACAAAGACCCUUAUAGCAAAACAGCGGAUGUUCAAAGCCCAGCGCUUGAUGUAACAUCCCAGCAUUUCUUAAAAAUUGCUGGAGACAAGAAUACCAGAACUUUUUUCAUCUCAGUUGAAGAGGAAGAAUGGGAUUAUGCUGGUUACGGUCAGAGGAGGCUUGAUAAAUCAUCUCAAAACGAGAGGCCCACAGCUUUCAAAAAAGCGGUGUUCAGAAAGUACCUGGACAGCACCUUUAGUAUCCGAGACAUCCGAGGGGAAAUGGAUGAACACCUGGGAAUUCUGGGUCCGGUCAUUAAAGCUGAAGUUGAUCAAACUGUUAUGGUAUUUUUCAGGAACCUUGCCAGCCGUAAGUACUCUUUGCAUGCAAAUGGAGUCAAGUAUUUAAAACAAAUGGAAGGCCUGAGUUACGAUGAUCAGUCACCGUACUGGUACAAACAGGACGAUGCCGUACAACCCAACAGCACCUUUAUCUACAUGUGGACUAUAAAUUCCAAAUCUGGACCUCAAAAUAAUGAAUCUGACUGUCGAACGUGGACUUACUACUCUGCAGUGAAUCCGGAGAGAGAUAUAAACUCUGGGCUGAUUGGACCGCUUCUGGUGUGCAGGAAGGGUACACUGGAUAAAAAGCCUCUGGACAGAAGAGAGUUUGUCCUGCUCUUUAUGACAUUUGAUGAGAAUAAGAGCUGGUACUACGAGGAGAAUCGGGAGAGGAUUGAAAGGAAAAACAAAAGAGCAGUCAUGGAUCCAAAUUUUAAAAAUAAUUUAAAGUUUGACGCUAUCAAUGGUAUUAUCUACAGUCUCAAAGGACUGCGAAUGUACACAAAUCAGCUAGCGAAGUGGCAUCUGAUCAACAUGGGCUCUCCCAAAGACCUCCACAGUGUCCAUUUCCAUGGUCAAACGUUCAUAAAUAAGGAAUUAAAGGACCACCGUCAGGGAGUUUACCCACUUUUACCAGGUGGAUUUGCCACACUGGAAAUGUUGCCUUCAAAGCCUGGUCUCUGGCAGCUGGAGUCUGAAGUUGGACUCUCACAGCAGAGGGGAAUGCAGACGUUAUUCCUUGUGUUAGACAACGUCUGUGAUCAUCCUCUUGGUCUCAUCUCUGGAACUGUGAACGAUGAACACAUAUCAGCAUCUGACUCUAGAGGACAAUGGUAUCCUCAUUUGGCCAGACUACAUAAUACAGGGAAAUACAAUGCAUGGAGUACAACAAAGACAGGACAGCACAUUCAGGUGGACUUCCAGAGGCCGGUAGUGAUUAGUAAAGUUGCCACACAGGGAGCCAAGCAAUUGUUAAAACAUCAUUUUGUGCUGAACUACACCAUUUCCUACAGCACUGAUAAAAAGAAGUGGACUUUCUACAAGGGAGACAGCGAUACCGUCAGAAAGACUUUUGAAGGAAACAGCGAAGCUUAUGACACGAAGGAGAAUAUAUUUUUCCCACCUCUGAUUGGUCGAUAUGUGAGGCUGUAUCCUUUACAUUUUUACAGCUACCCAACUGUCCGUUUGGAGUACUAUGGUUGUGAGCUUGAUGGUUGCUCUGUGCCACUGGGAAUAGAAAGUGGCCUCAUUAAAGAUGCUCAAAUCACUGCCAGUUCUGUGGCCUCCAGUUGGUACUCUGGCCAGUGGCAUCCUUGGUAUGCACGCUUAAAUAAAUAUGGGACUGCCAAUGCAUGGCAAGCCAAGAACAAUGACAUACAGCCAUGGAUCCAGGUGGAACUCAAGGAUAUAAAGAAGAUAACUGGAAUUAUAACACAGGGGGCCAAAUCGUUAGGCAAUGAGAUGUUUGUGACAGCAUAUUCUCUGGAGUACAGUGAAGACGGCAAGAGAUGGACAAAGUACACAGAUGAUGAGGACUAUGAACAAAAGACAUUUCAAGGCAACACAGAUAACAAUGGCCAAGUAAAGAACUACAUCUACCCGCCAAUAUUUUCCAAAUUCAUCCGGAUUAUUCCAAAACAAUGGCAGAAAUCCAUUACUAUGAGAAUUGAGCUGCUUGGUUGUGAUUUUGAAUAAACACUGUGCUUUCACUGAUAUGA